AUGGACACAGAUGGACACAGCCAGUUCCUGGGACAGGACUGGAGGUGUGCAGGGGUGCUGGUGGAGUACAGCAUUGAAAGACCACUCUCCAUCAUCUCUACAAGAGUAGAAGUACUUUAUGACAGGAGAAAGGCAAAAAUCAUGGCCAACUUCAAAGAGGGCAAGAAGGAGGUUUGGAAAGCUAAAGGUGCAAAGCUGAGUGAGUACCUGUUAGAGAAGUCACGGGUAGUGCAACAAGAUACUGGGGAGAGGAAUUUCCAUAUCCUCUACUACAUGUUUGCUGGACUCUCUUCAGAGGAGAAAGAGAUGUAUGGGCUAUUCGAUCCUUCACUCUACAGGUACUUCAAAGGCAGACCCUACUGGGAGGAUGUAGCUCAGCGCUGGAAGCACAAAUACCAAGAGGUGUGCAAUGCUCUUGACAUGGUGGGCUUCCAAGAACAGGAGCAAGUGGACACGCAGGCAAUCUUGGCUGGUGUGUUGUCUCUGGGCAACGUGACCUUUGAGCCUCAGGAGAGGAACAGGUCUGUAAAAGUGAGUGAAGCCUCCCGGGGAUGGCUGAAGGCUGCAGCGGGUCAGUUUGGAGUCCAAGAAGACGAACUGUUAAAAUGCCUCACUUGUACAAUGUCGGUGACCCGUGGUGAGCAGAUUCAGCGUUUUCACGCCCAGCAGCAGGCAGAAGAUGCUCAGGACUCCAUUGCAAAGGUGGCAUAUGGCCGAGUAUUUGGCUGGAUCGUUUGCAAGAUCAAUGAGCUGCUGGCUGAGAAUGUGGAUCCUGAGGUGGAGCUGAGGGAGAUAGGUAUCUUGGAUAUUUUUGGGUUUGAAAACUUUGCAGUGAAUCGUUUUGAACAGCUUUGCAUAAAUUUGGCCAAUGAGCAGCUGCAGCAGUUCUUCAACCAUCACAUUUUCCAACUGGAGCAGGCUGCCUAUAGGGAAGAAGGGCUGCCUUGGGAGACUAUCACAUUCAACAAUAAUGAACCUAUUCUGAAUCUGCUCCUGGCCAAGCCACUUGGGCUGCUGUCUCUUCUGGAUGAACAGAGUGCAUUCCCUCAGCAUUCCCUGAUGGUGCUCAUGGAGAGGAUGUAUUCUGCCAACCCCCACUUUGUGUGCUGUAUAAAGCCCAACAGCCAGAAGGAGCCAAGUGUGGUGAACAGCCAGGUGGUGCUGCAGCAGGAGAAAGAGUAG